AUGACAACCUUGCUGUUGGAUGAGUCCAGAUCGGCUUCUGAGGACAACGAUCCCAAGGGACCAUAUGCCAUCCCCACAUUGAUCGUUACAGCCCUUUUCCAGGGAUUUUCCGCCUUCUACGCUUAUACCCGGUACUUGUCCUCGGGUCAUACUGCCUUUGCUAUAGGAAUGAUCGGGUACUCGGUGGUGGCCGCCAUUGGGCUCUGGUGUGCACUCUUUGCCAGCAGCAAUGGGAAGAUUAGUCGGAAGACGGGUGCAGACAAGAGAACGACGGGAUUUCCAUUCAAAAACACAGAGGCAGCCAAGAAACAUGCGUGGAAGAAAAGCUCUUGA